CUUAAAACGAGGUAGCUCUAGCAUAUACAUACUUCAUAUAUUCCGAAUAAAUAAGUUUCUUGAAAUAAAGAAAUAAGACGCUUCAAGUAAAGUUUCAACUCCACAAUCAGGUUUGGUCCAAAUCACGCGAGACUUCAUAACUGGAGCGCUGUGGCGACGAGAAUACACCACCGAAGAGAGUUGUUGUCGGAGAGGGAGGAGGAAGGCAAGAGUGUGCAAAAAAAAAAAAUAGCUAAUAAGUAGGGGGAAAUACGGAACUUAACAUGGCGUCGGGGGACACCCUGUACAUAGAAACGGACGGGUCAGAAAUGCCAGCCGAAAUAGUUGAAUUGCACGAAAUCGAAGUAGAGACAAUCGAGACAACAGUUGUUGGAGAGGACGGUGAACACCAGCCUAUGAUCGCCUUACAGCCUCUUGACUCGGAUGAUCCCACCUCGAUUCACCCGCACCAGGAGGUGAUAUUGGUGCAAACAAGAGAGGAGGUGGUGGGCGAGGAUGACUCCGAACUGCACACAGAUGACGGCUUCGAGGACCAAAUUUUAAUCCCGGUGCCCGCCGUGGAGGAGGACUACAUCGAACAGACUCUGGUAACUGUGGCCGGGAAAAGCUCGUCAACAGGCCGGAUGAAGAAGAGUGGAAGCGGAAAGAAAGCGGGCAAAAAGAGCUACCUGAGCGGGGGAGAGAUGGGCAGAAAAUGGGAGCAGAAGCAAGUCCAGAUAAAGACGCUGGAGGGGGAAUUUUCAGUCACUAUGUGGGCAUCGGAUGACAAGAAGGACAUAGACCACGAGGAGCAGAUCACAGGAGAGAACUCUCCUCCGGAUUACUCUGAAUACAUGACGGGGAAGAAGCUCCCACCCGGAGGCAUCCCAGGCAUCGACCUGUCAGACCCCAAACAGCUGGCAGAGUUUGCACGAAUGAAGCCAAGGAAAGUAAAAGAAGACGAUGCGCCCAGGACAAUAGCCUGUCCUCAUAAAGGAUGCAGCAAGAUGUUCAGGGACAACUCGGCAAUGAGGAAACACUUGCAUACCCACGGGCCCCGUGUGCACGUCUGUGCAGAGUGUGGCAAAGCGUUUGUGGAAAGUUCCAAGCUGAAGAGGCAUCAACUUGUACACACAGGAGAGAAACCGUUCCAGUGCACGUUUGAAGGCUGCGGCAAGCGGUUCUCUUUGGACUUUAACUUGCGCACACAUGUGCGUAUUCACACCGGGGACCGCCCGUACGUGUGCCCCUUUGACGGCUGCAACAAAAAAUUCGCCCAGUCGACCAACCUCAAGUCUCACAUCCUCACACAUGCCAAAGCCAAAAACAACCAGUGAGUCAGCCAGGAGCCGGGCUAGCGGCGACACGCUAGCUACACUGGAGGAUUUCACCCGUAUCUCUGCUCCAUGACAAACUAAUGUCCCGUGGCCUGCUUUUUUUUAUGAGAGAAGAAAUACCUCCUGCGUUGCCUCCAGAUGAAGGGUUUGAACGGAGAUAUGACCUCUUUGUGAACUUUUUGCUAUACGGAGGAACUUGUGAGAACCCCGACCCCUUCAGGCCUCCCACGCUACUUUGGCUGCACCCAGAUGGAACAAUUUACGGUUUCUUCUUGUGAAGAGGUUAAUCAUGGAUCUGCCGUAAAAAAACAAAACAAACAAACAAAAAAAAACGUAUUUAUAUACUUUAACACAACCAGUUCAAGUUUUUGAAAUACCUGUCAAAUUUGCAUUGAUCCUCAGCAAUGACACCUUUUCAAUUUUGUACUUUUUCCCCCCCAAGUGUGCAUAUUGUACACUGUUUGACAUAAGCUCUGUGGUAACAUUUGUAGUAAAAUUUUGUCCCAGUAGCUCUUCUUGGAAGAGGGUUUCAGUUUGUUAUACCUCCUUUUUCCUCCUUCGCGUGAGGGGGAGAAUCGGGUGGUCUCUGCAUAUUUUCAUUUUCUACAACGCAAUAUCCAAAUCGUGUAGGUAAUAGCAAUGUGAUUUUUCAAUAGUGAUCACUGAUUAAAAUGUUUUUCCCUUGCACUACCAA